UUGAUCUUCAAGCUAGUUGCUACCAAUUACAAAUUCACAUAUCAUAUGCCUGCCUUCAUGUUCAAUGCGGCAACACCAACAAUCAGUUUCCAAAAAUCUCAUAGUCAAUUGCUUCUUGAUGUGACUAACAGGUGGCUUAAAAGAAAAAUGUGGACAAAAAGAGCAUAUAAACUUUCCAAACAAAUCCCAAUCGCCAAGCAACUACUCACUUUGUUCUUCCGAAUGCAACCAACCGCGAUAAUUGUAAUACUAAUAACACACGCCUCAAUCAUCCAAGACAAGAAUCAACAGUCCAUUCUCACUUACGUAAACUUCACGAUUAAUCAUCCCUCAAUCCCUCAAUCAUCAAAAUGAUUGUCUUCCAUUGCUGCCUUCCAUCUGCAACCUGACAAAAAAAGAAAAAGGCUAUGGCGGUUUCUUUACAUUCUUCUGUAGGGUUCCGAUCUGGUUUCUGUCGGAAUUCGAACUUUGUCUGGCCGGAUUAUAGUGCUUUGGCUGUCGGAGGAAGGGUUUUGAGGUUACGGGAUCGUCAGUGUUUGACCGGUGGGUUUCGAGUUCGUUGCGGAGUUGAAGAAGGCAAGAGUGAAAGAAACGGUGAGGAAGCUCCGGAGUCGUUGUUCGUUAAGGAAAUGAAGAGAAGAGGCAUGAAGACCUCCUCACUGCCUUCCGGCAGUGAAGAGGAGGACAGUGGAAUUUCAAAGACAAAUCUAGUGUCAACCGAGAUUGAAAACAGCUUGUCCAAUCAAAGGGAGCGUUCCAUGGCAUUGAACAGCGAAGGAAUUGAGGGUCUCGUUCCCAGGGCUAAACUGCUGCUAGCAACCGGAGCGACUUUCUUCAUUGGAUUUUGGCCGAUUGUUGUUGUAACCGUGGCAUUCUUUUCUGCUCUCUACCUUCACUUUGGCCCGAGUUUCAUCCAUGAUUUCAGCAAGACACAUACGGAACCAUAUUCAUACAUCGAUCCGUCUACCCUCCUGGAAGAUGAAAGGAUUUCGUAGACUGACGGAUUUGUUUCAUCUGCGCAUCCAAAUUUAAGAAAUGAUGGGUAUUAAAUUUUAUGCUUGUUCAUCUCUAUUUCAUUCAUCUUUGGUUCAAUAUGCACAGUGACAAUUAGUUUAAGUUCAUGGCAUUUACUCC